CUUUAAGUUCCCCGAAAGGCAGGAGAAUCCAGAGCUGCCACCAGAUCCAAAACAAAAACCACCUGCCGACCGGAUGUCGGUCGUAGAGAAGCUGAGCGAGCAGCUGACAGACCUCCUCGAGGCCUUCUCGCCCUCACAGGAAUUCGAGGAGUCCGAGAGUGAGGAGCCUGGGGCCGAGACCUCCACUACCCACAUCCCGAUUCGUCCAGCUGGCGGAGGGGAACCCCCAAGCAUCUCCGAUGAUGUUAUUGUGGCCCUCUGCCGGUUCCUCCCCUUGCUCGACUUCCUCCGGGCAGUCGCCGUGUCACGAAGGUUCUACCACCUCGGGCAGUCGCCGUGUCUCUGGCGAUUGCUGGACCUGACGAGCAUCAACACCUGCCCCAGGUGCCUGAUCCGCUUCAUGAAGACCCACCCCCUGGUGAAGGAGCUGGUUGCGCCAUUCAACGGGGAGCAGUGUGGCCCGAUGAAGAUGCUGUGGAAGGCAGCGCCGCAGCUGACGCGGCUUGACCUGUCGUUUCUGUCGUGCCUCAACGACGCGAGCCUCCAGUCCAUUGGGCGGCACCUCAAGAACCUAGAGGAUCUGGUGCGCUGGGGCGGGGGGAGAGAGAGACAGGGAGUGCAUUCAUUACGUGUGCCGCUCACGGCCAUGUGUGUGUGUGUUUGUGUGUGUGUUCAGUGCCUGGAGGGGUGUGAGAGGAUAACCGACAGGGGCAUCAAGGAGCUGGUGGAUCUGCCGCUUAAGCGGCUGAAUCUCGCGCAUGCCGAGAUGGUGCUGGGGUCGUGUCUGCAUCGGUUUGAGCACUUGGAAGAGCUGAACGUCGAUGGCUGCUUCCACCUGCCGCCACACCAGAUUGUAGAGGUGGGCGAGACCAUACUCUCAGACGCGUGGAGACCUCCCUCUCUCUCUUUCUCUCUCUCUGGUGGUCAUCAGAUCGCUCUCAACCGCGGCCAUGGACUCAAGUCUCUGCAGAUAGACGGGGAGGGCAUCAACGGCCCCACGGGGACCGUGCUGCUGUCGUGUCUCGACCUCCACACCUUCUCCGUCUCGUUUGCACAAGAGCUCUUUCCCCCGUUUGUGCGGCCAUCGGAGGCCGUCAAGAACAGGGGCAGCGACGCCGCCGGCGAACUGGCCAGGAUGAAGGACCUCACGUGUCUGCGGGUCAGGAAGGGGUCAAACCUGAGCGACGAUGACGUCAGAAGGAUCUUUGGUGUUCCGCGGCCCAGUCUGCAUGAGCUUGUGCUGGCUGAGUGUCACCAGCUGUAUGACGGCAGCCCGAUCGCUCUCUCGUGCAGAGGUCGGCAAGGAGGCAGGGAGGGAGGGGAGACAUGUGUCUGACGGUGCGUGUGGUUGAUGUGAUGUGACUGACUUGCAGGUCUGGUUGUGUUGGAUCUGUCGUGGUGCUGGCAUUUGUCGAAUGAAGAUGUGUUCAACAUCGCACAGGCGAACCCGAAGCUGCAGACGGUCACCCUGACGGGCCUCAAGUACCUCAACGACAGCGGCCUCCUUGGCCUGCCCCUCUUCUGCCCUCAGCUCACACGCCUGGACCUCACCCAAUGCGACCAAGGUGAGAUGACAAUGGACAAUGCAGGUACAACAUGCGCACAUGUCUCCCUCCUCCCCUGGGGCUGCGGGUCAUUCAUUCAGUGCCCGAUGCGUUCAUUGCCUUACUGAGCAUCCUGUACAAUGACGCGACUCUGCGGAUCAUCCCGCAGCCCAUCCACGCCCCAAUGCCAACCGCCCUGCCGCCUCGUGUGGCCACCACCACCACCAGCUGCAGUGGGAAAGAAGGAGUGGCUGGGUUGGAUGAGCAGCCGAGUGGUCCAGGCGGCCGCACAAGGGGGUGGCGUGUGGCCACCUCCAACGACCCCGGAACGCUGCAGUACCUCAAGUGAGCGUGAUCGUUGUCGGUGUCCAUGUCUCUCUCUCGUUCUUUCUCUUUCUCUCUCUGUCAGAGAGGUGUUGCCCAAGCUCGACGCCCUCCAGCAGCACAGCCCCACCACACAAGUGGCCUUCCCGCAACCGUCGUGUGCAUGCGCGUCGAUGGAUGAACCAUUGUCGUCAUCAUCAUCCGCCAGUGCCAGUGCCCCUCGAUCGGUGGUUCCGCAUGGGUGGGCGGGUUUGGCUGGCGGCGCACCGCCACUGCCGCCGCUGUGCACCCUGGCGCCGUUUGUGCGGGAGCACCUGAUGGAGAUCCAGACACCACAGCCACAGCAACAUGACAAGGGGGAGGGGGGAGGGGCGGAGUCGACGAACAACGACGAGACAUCUGCUGCUGGUGACGGUGACAAUGACAAGGACAAUGGAAAUGACAAUAAGGAGGGUGGGGAGGCCACCCCCGACAAUGAAAGCUCAUUCCUCUCCAUCUGUGAGAGAAUUGCCACGUAAGUCAAGUCCGCAGUGCCCCCAUGCCCAUCCCGCCCAUCCUGUGAUGGGCGGCUGUCUGAUGCAGGUCGGUGUAUCGGCGUCGGGCGUCGGCAUUGCCGCGUCUGUUGAUCAAGAACUUCUACAACGAGGAGGAAGACGCAUGGGUGAUCGAGCCUCCCAUCAUCAGAAGGUGCUUGAUGCGACUCGAACACAUGGGGUAGACAAAAGGACAGACAGACAGACAGACAGGGAGGGAGGGAGGGAGGCAGGCAGGGGGGGAGGGGCACACACAGGGGUUUGGGGCUGGGGUGCGCAAGUGGUUGGUGUGUGUGGCAUUCCGUCAAUAAGGCAGGAGGGCAUGUAUGUUGCGUAUCACUAUCAACACAGACAGACAGACAGACAGAGAGGUGGUGUACCAUAGACAGACAGACAGACAGACACCAGGAAGGUUUGGGUUGUUUUGCCAGAGGUAGCUCACAUACACAGCAGCAUACAUACAUUUGCCUCGAUCGUCGGUCGGCAUAGGUUAGGUAUUUUUCCCCUGGUCUGGUCUGGUCUGGUGGGUGGGCCUCG